AUGGAUAUCCCACAGACUUUGACACUAGCGACUUUGACACUAGCAGAGACCAAGGGGCAGUAUACCGCGACGCAUUGUGCGAUGGCGGCGGCAGCCCUUCUUUUGUAUGACUACAUCGUCACACUAGGUCAGGAGAGUCGCUACAUCUGGACAGACGUCCGUGCCGGCUACGCCGCAAUUUUCCUGAUCAACCGAUUGAACAUGCUCUGCAUGGCCAUCUAUAUGAUCAUGGAGCGUGCUCGUUUCACGCUCUAA